AUGCCCGCCCCGCGUCUCCCGGCCUGCCCCGCGCCCCGACGGGAGGGGCCCCGGAGGCGCCGCCCCCAGCCUCUCCAAGCGCGCAGGAGCACCGCCCCGCCCCGUCCGCUGGAGCAGCCGCGGGCCGUUAGUGGGACGAAGCUCCCAGGAGAAGCUCUGCGCGCAGCCUCGCGAAACGGCGGUCAUGGCUGCCCAGUCGCUGGACAAGUUCCAGUUCUCCAUUGACCGCGGCGGCACCUUCACCGACGUGUUCGCCUGCUGCCCCCGCGGGAAGGUCCGCGUGAUGAAGCUGCUCUCCGAGGACCCGGCCAACUACGGCGACGCUCCCACCGAGGGCAUCCGCCGCAUCCUGGAAGAGGAAUGUGGGGUCUCCUUCCCCAAAGACCAGCCCCUGGACGCCACACGCAUUGAGUGGAUCCGAAUGGGCACCACCGUGGCCACCAACGCCCUGCUGGAGCGGAAGGGGGAGCGAGUGGCCCUGCUCAUCACCAAGGGCUUCCGGGACCUGCUCUACAUUGGGAACCAGGCGCGUCCCCACAUCUUUGAUCUGGAGGUCCAGAUGCCCGAGGUCUUGUACGAGGCUGUGGUGGAAGUAGAUGAGCGCUUGGUUCUCCAUCGGGAGGGCUGCCAGCUCUUCGAUUCCGGGCAGCUGGUGACAGGCUUGACAGGGGAGGCAGUGGUGGUGAAGCAGCCCGUGGACCUGGUUGCGCUGCGAGAGAACUUGGAGGCGCUGCUGGUGCAGGGCAUCCACAGCCUGGCGGUGACCCUUCUGCAUGCCUAUCUGUGGCCAGGCCAUGAGCAGCAGGUGGGGGCCCUGGCCCGGGAGCUGGGCUUCCGGCAGGUCUCACUUUCCUCUGAGGUGAUGCCCAUGGUGCGCAUGGUGCCCCGCGGCUACACAGCCUGCGCAGAUGCCUACCUGACGCCUUGCAUCCUCCGCUACCUGGACAGCUUCCGGGCUGGCUUUUCUUCGCAGCUCCAGGGCGUGCCAGUCGCCUUCAUGCGUUCCGAUGGUGGCCUGACUCCUAUGGAGGCUUUCAGUGGCUCUCGGGCCAUUCUCUCGGGCCCAGCUGGUGGAGUCGUGGGCUACGCAGUCACCAGCUACCCCCAUGCGGAAGGGCGUCCUGUCAUUGGCUUUGACAUGGGAGGAACGUCCACUGACGUGAGCCGCUACGCCGGGGAGUACGAGCAUGUCUUUGAGGCCACGACGGCUGGCAUCAGCAUCCAGGUGCCACAGCUGGACAUCAAUACGGUGGCUGCCGGGGGCGGCUCCCGCCUCUUUUUCAGGUCCGGGCUCUUCGUGGUGGGCCCCGAGUCAGCAGGGGCGCAUCCUGGCCCCGCCUGCUACUGGAAGGGGGGGCCGCUGACUGUGACAGAUGCCAAUCUUUGUCUGGGCCGCCUUCUGCCCAGUCACUUCCCUCACAUCUUUGGGCCAGAUGAGAACCUGCCGCUCUCGCGAGAGGCCGCUCUGCAGGCCUUUCGGGUGCUUACAGCGGAAGUGAAUGCCUUCAGGGAAGCUGGACCACCCUUCAGCAUUGAGGACGUGGCCAUGGGCUUCAUCCAGGUGGCCAAUGAGGCUAUGUGCAGGCCCAUUCGGGCACUAACUCAGGCCCGGGGCCAUGAUGCCUCUCGCCAUGUGCUGGCCUGCUUCGGAGGAGCAGGGGGCCAACAUGCCUGUGCCAUCGCCCAGGCUCUGGGCAUGAGCAAGGUCUUCAUCCACAAGCACAGCGGGAUCUUGUCAGCCUAUGGGCUGGCCCUGGCAGAUGUCGUCCACGAGGCUCAAGAGCCGUGCUCGCUGGUCUACGGGCCGGAGGCCCACGCCCAACUUGACCAGCGGGUUGCUGCCCUCGAGGAGAAGUGUGUGCAGGCACUGGAGGCUCAGGGCUUUGCCAGGUCCCAGAUAACCACAGAGGCCUUCUUGCACCUGCGCUACGAACGGACAGACUGCGCUCUCAUGUGCUCUGCCAGGGGCUACCCGGCCAGCCAUGGCUCCUGCCGCAGUGGGGACUUUGGUGCGGCCUUUGCCAGUAGGUACCUGCAGGAAUUUGGAUUCACCAUCCCCCACCGAGCCAUUCUGGUGGACGAUGUGCGUGUGAGGGGCACGGCCAGCUCUGGGAUGAACCAGGAAGAAGCUCAGCCGAUCAGCGAGGGGCCACCCCAACUGGAAAUGGUGUCCCACUGUUAUUUUGAGGGUGGCUACCAGGACACCCAGGUCUACCUCCUGGAGAACCUCUUCCACGGCCAUUCCAUCCCUGGCCCCAGCAUCCUAGUUGAUGAGAACAGCACCAUCCUGGUGGAGCCUGGCUGCACGGCGGCUGUGACUGCUUGGGGGGAUAUCUGCAUCACCGUGGGGGCUGGGAUGUUCCACCCAAUUGGACCUGAGGUUGACCCUGUCCAGCUUUCCAUCUUCUCCCACCGCUUCAUGAGCAUCGCAGAGCAGAUGGGGCGUAUCCUGCAGCGCACAGCCAUCUCCACCAACAUUAAGGAGAGGCUCGAUUUCUCCUGUGCCCUCUUUGGGCCCGAUGGGGGCCUGGUCUCCAACGCUCCCCAUAUCCCUGUCCACCUGGGCGCCAUGCAGGAGACAGUGCAGUUCCAGAUCCGAAACCUGGGCUCUGACCUCCACGAAGGGGACGUGAUCCUGAGCAACCACCCUUGUGCAGGGGGCAGCCACCUGCCCGACCUGACCGUCAUCACCCCAGUGUUCUGGAAGGGGGAGCCCAAGCCAGUCUUCUUCGUGGCGAGCCGGGGCCACCAUGCUGACAUUGGGGGGAUCACCCCGGGCUCCAUGCCCCCCCACUCCCACUCCCUCCAGGAGGAGGGGGCCAUCUUCAUCUCCUUCAAGCUGGUGAAGGAUGGCAUCUUCCAAGAGGAAGCCGUUGCUGAGGCCCUGCUGGCUCCUGGCCACCUCCCUGGCAGCAGCGGCUCACGCAGCCUCCAGGACAACUUGUCUGACCUGCGUGCCCAGGUGGCAGCCAAUCAGAGGGGGAUCCAUUUGGUGAGCGAGCUGAUUGGACAGUACGGACUAGAAGUAGUGCAGGCGUACAUGGGCCACAUUCAGGCCAACGCGGAGGUCGCUGUCCGAACAAUGCUGAGGAACUUUGCUGCACGGCAGGCACAGCUAGAAUCCCCCCUGCAGGUGGAGGCCAAGGAUUUCAUGGAUGACGGCAGCCCUAUUUGCCUCAGGGUGACGGUGGAUCCGCAGGAGGGCAGCGCAGUGUUUGACUUCACGGGGACAGGCCACGAGGUGUUCGGGAAUUGGAAUGCCCCCCGAGCCAUCACCGUCUCCGCCCUGAUCUACUGCUUGCGCUGCAUGGUGGGCGAGGACAUCCCCCUCAAUCAGGGCUGCCUGUCCCCCGUGCAUGUUGUUGUCCCCAGGAAGUCCAUACUUGACCCAUCCCUGGAUGCUGCUGUGGUGGGAGGGAAUGUGCUGACCUCCCAGAGGGUUGUGGAUGUCAUCUUCCGGGCAUUUGAAGCCUGCGCUGCCUCUCAGGUAGGGGGAGCACAGGAAGACCAGAGGGGCUGCAUGAACAACGUCACGUUUGGGAAUGAGCACAUUGGCUACUACGAGACGGUGGCUGGAGGGGCUGGGGCAGGGCCUCGUUGGCAUGGCCGCAGUGGGGUGCAAAGCCACAUGACCAACACCCGCAUCACUGAUCCUGAGAUCAUGGAAAAACGGUAUCCAGUGGUCUUACAGACUUUCCAGCUGGCACCAAACACAGGGGGGGGUGGGCACUUCCGGGGGGGGGAUGGGAUCCGUCGAGAGUUCCAGUUCCGUGAGGAGAUGGUCCUAUCUGUGUUGAGCGAGCGCCGAGCCUUCCAGCCAUACGGGUUGCAAGGCGGUGAUCCCGGUUCCCCAGGCCUGAACUUGCUGAUUCAACGCAAUGGACGGACCACGAACCUGGGUGCAAAGAUGUCUGUGAGAGUAUACCCUGGGGACAUCUUCUGCCUGCGGACACCAGGUGGAGGGGGCUUUGGACAGUGCCCUGAACCUUCGUGCUUGGACAAAGGGUCCCAAGAUUCCUCGCACCAGGUCCAACUCUUCAGGGAUCGAGGCAGUUUCUACCACUACAGCCUGGCAAAGCAGAUAGCUGAUGGGCCGUGAGGGGAUUGUGGGGGCAGGGGUGCACUGGCUGAGCAGGGGAUCUCUUUACCAGAAGGAAAGGUUUGUGAGGCUGGGCAGGGAUCGAAAGAUACUGGGAGGAAGGUGGUGGGCAGCUUCACCUCUCACCACAAGGGGGCAGCAGAGACCGGUGGCUUCCUCCCUCCCUGCCUCGGUGAGGCAGAGGGUCCUUCCGCCCCACCCUGCCUUCUGCCUGGGAAGGCAGCCCAUAGAGGCUGUUCCCUCCCAGUGGGGCCUGCCCCCUGCCUGCCACUCCUCUGCCUGCACUCCAUAGCCCAGUGGCCCAGAGAGAGGCUGCUUCGGCUCACCUGUUCUCAGCUGGUGCAGGUGCCACUGGCUAGCAACCCUGCUCCCCACCUCUAGGCCAGCAGGAAGUCAGAUGCAUGCCACCCUCCCCCUGCUUUCCCUGGGAAGAAAGGGCUGGGCAAAUGCACGGCUUGGUUUCACAUGAAUAAAAUUGGAAUCUGCUUGGAGUCCCUGAAGUCAUAUUUGUCCCAGAGAUGCCCC